AUGAAAGAGUUAAUAAGUAGUGAUACAGUGCAAAAGUCUUUGGAUAGAAUAUAUUUACUUAUUGGCUCAAUCGGUAUAUUCUACUGCAUCCCUACUAUUCAGCUCCUGUACACGUACCAUAAGAUUAGCGAAUUCACUGGCGAAACGGACCUGUGUUAUCGAAACUACUUGUGUUCCCAUCGCUUGAUGGGCUGGGAUGAUUUCAAUCACAUAUAUUCCAACAUAGUUUACGUUAUACUUGCAUUUGCGUUUUGUAUAUUUGUCAUAGACUACCAGCAAAAACAAGGCUUAGGAAAUGGAGUUGUGCAUCAGUUCGGAAUAUUCUAUGCUCUAGGUGUAUCCAUCGGUUUAGAAGGAAUUUUUAGCGCGCUGUAUCACGUUUGUCCCACAGCAUUGCACUUCCAAUAUGACACUUCUUUUAUGUUGAUCCUUUCUAUCCUGACCACCAUCAAGAUAUAUCAGUUUAGACAUCCAGAUCCGUUAUGCUCGCACAAAUACGACACGAAUCUAUCUCCUGCAGAAUCCCGUGCAAAGAAUGCGCCUUGUAUUGUGAAAGGAUUUUACGACACCCAUGACUUGUGGCAUUUUCUAUCUGCUGGCGCGAUUUUCUUUUUUUAUAUGGCACUCCUAACUUUGGACGACGGAAUUUUGCAUAAGAGACGGGAAGAGAUAGUUGGUUUUUAA